AGAUACCGCCCGUUCGUCGACGGCGAAUUUCUGAAGAAAAAGAUGGAGAGACGACACAAACGGAUUUCCGAGGGAAAGAAAAAGCGUCUGAUUGGGGAAGAUGAUGCAGAUGAUGAGUGGCCUGAAAUGCCACCGGGACAUCGAAUUCUUACAACCGAAGAACACGAGAUGCAACGUAGGAAGGAAUCGAAAAUAUCGCAGGACGUUGAGAUGACUGAAGCGUUUGAUCUACAAAAAAUGCGGGAAUUUUUUCCGGCCAAUGGAGAUCUGCUUUCCAGCUUCCCACAGGAUUUCCUUGAAGACUCUGGCGAUGGAGAAGUUCACGAGGCGGCCAUCCUCUCCGUUUUCGAUGACAAUUCGAAUAGCCCGCCACCGUGUCCGAUCGUUGUCGACACUGUACCAGACGAUGAUGACAGUCUCUUGUUCCCAAGAAACUCAUAAAUUAUUUGAUCUCCGCUGUUUCUUUUUUUUUCGAAAAUCCGAUUUAUAUAAAGUUUGAACAUUAUCUUUAUAUAAUGGAUAGUACAACAAAAAUCUCUUUAGAAAUAUAUAUAAAAAAAUAUGUUAAAAA